UGUAAUUAGUUGGCUCCUUCUGGAGUGUGUGUGGUCUUUGUUGUUUGCUGGUUCGUUGUCGUUUCCCAUCAGGGUGUUUCCUGUUGAACUUUUUGUUACGGUGCAGCCAUCAAUGACCUUUUAUACCUGAACUACACUCCUAUCUCCACCCUGGGGUCACGACCAUGCCGAGACAUGACGGCACCAAAAGUAUUCACAGAUCCAGGGAAGGUCAUUUAAGCGUGUUCAUACCUUCCCCGAGCCACAGUGAAUCGUCCCUUCUGUGCCUCCAGCUAUUUCUCAAAGCAUCAGUGAGAAUUUGAAGCAACGCCAGAGAAACAUGUGAAAGACGUGAAAGACGCAGCGUGUUUACUCGGGAGUCGCAGUUCAAGUCAAACGGCAUCAUCUCGGAAUUCAGAUUGUACCACUCGCUUGAAGAAGCUGGACCAGAACGGAACCGUGCAUGCGAGAGAUCCAAGGGCCCAUCAUGAGCUGAGAGAGAUGCGCGCUCAGCUGAGACGGGAGGAGGAGGGGGGAGGAAGAGGAGGGAGAGGACCGCUGCCUUCAUCGCUCUCACUUGGUCAUGAUAACCUUCACGCCAGCAUCAUCAGCAUCUCUCUAAUCCAAAUCCUAACCCUUUUUUUCUUCCCUCAUGGAGUUUUAAACCUGGAUUGUUUGAAAUUUUACGCAAUUUUACGCACGCUCCGUCCGCCCAAAGCCACCACUCUCAAGUUCUGUUGAAGCCUCGUCCGACACUGGAGAUUGAACCAUGGGUCACGGACCGGCAUUGUUGUCAGCUAUGUGCUUCAAUCCAGGAAGUCGGCUCAAAGAAAACUCCCAGGCUGCACUUCUCAAUCACUGACAGAAACACUUGAAGGAUCACCUUCGUUGUCGCCAUCUCACUUGAUAUUGACUAUAAUAUGCAGAAUAUAAUAUCCAGUGGAUACGUGUUAAAAAACAGUGCUAAUCAAAUGGUUUUGUCACUUUGAGAACCUUUAUCCGCUUCCAAUCGCCUCCUGGUGCUUUCUGUUAUCCUCGAAAAUGAAUCCUCCCAGCCUCCGUCGGCAAGUCGUCCUGCUGCUAAGUACUGUGCUGGGCCUGAGUGCGUGUUUAGAGUUCACUGGCUCACAAGGUCAAUGGGCUCGGUACCUGCGCUGGGAUGCCAGCACCAGAAGUGACCUGACCUUUCAGUUCAAGACAUCCCAAUCAGAAGGCGUCAUGAUGUACUUUGACGACGGCGGAUAUUGCGAUUUUUUACUCCUCACCAUGUCCAGGGGGAGGAUGCAGCUUCUUUUCAGCAUCGACUGCGCCGAAACCAGCAUCACGUCCGACAAGAUGGUCAACGACAGCCGCUGGCAUUUCGCCGCAAUCAACAGGCAUAAUUUGCGGACCGGCUUGGCAGUGGACGGCCUGACUAAGACGGCAGAGGUGCGUCCUCAGCGGCAGUUCAUGAAAAUCGUGAGCGACCUCUUCCUCGGGGGGUUGCCGGGGGACAUACGCACAUCUGCUAUCACCCUGCCCUCUGUUCGUGAGCUUGCACCAUUUAAGGGUAUCAUCACAGACCUCAGUUAUGGGAGUAAGCUGCCCACGCUCGUCAACAGUCAGAAAGUGCGCUUGGAAAUGUUGGGCCUUUGCACCGACAACCCGUGUGAGAAUGGUGGGAUCUGCUCGCUAGCUGAUGGAGAACCCUACUGUGACUGCUCCAGAACUGGAUUUGUAGGCCGAUACUGCACUGAAGCAGUCCAAAGAACAGCAGGCUUCGCACACCUAAAGGCAGAGCAAGGUAGAAACAAAGCGAGGGAGGAGAACGUGGCCACCUUCCGAGGUUCAGAGUACUUCUGUUACGACCUGUCGCAGAACCCCAUCCAGAGCAGCAGCGAUGAGAUCACGCUGUCCUUCAAAACGUGGCAACGCAACGGUCUCCUCCUCCACACGGGGAAAUCAGCCGACUAUGUCAACCUGGCGCUAAAAGAUGGAGCCGUUUCCCUCGUCAUCAAUCUGGGUUCCGGGGCCUUUGAGGCCAUCGUGGAGCCCGUCAAUGGAAAAUUCAAUGACAACGCCUGGCACGAUAUCAAAGUCACACGCAACCUGAGACAGCAAUCAGGCAUUGGACACGCUAUGGUGACUAUAUCCGUUGACGGGAUCCUCACCACUACGGGCUACACCCAGGAAGACUACACCAUGCUGGGCUCAGAUGACUUCUUCUAUGUGGGUGGGAGCCCGAGCACUGCAGACCUACCUGGAUCUCCAGUCAGCAACAAUUUCAUGGGUUGCCUCAAGGAGGUGGUGUACAAAAACAAUGAUAUCCGCCUGGAGCUUUCCCGCCUGGCCCGGAUUGUGGAUCCUAAAAUGAAACUUCAAGGAGAUGUGGUCUUUAAAUGCGAAAACGUUCCCACUCUUGACCCCAUAAACUUUGAGACACCCGACUCCUAUCUGGCUCUGCCAAAAUGGAACACCAAACGAGUCGGCUCAAUCUCCUUCGACUUCCGAACGUCGGAGCCUAACGGCUUAAUACUUUUUACGCACGGCAAACCUCAGGAACGUCGUGACGCUAAGUCCCAGAAGACCAACAAGGUGGACUUCUUUGCGGUGGAGCUUCUGGAUGGAGUUCUGUACCUGGUGCUGGACAUGGGUUCUGGAACUAUCAAGGUCAAAGCGACACAGGUGAAAGUCAAUGAAGGCAGCUGGCACCAUGUGGACAUCCAGAGAGAUGGUCGCUCAGGCAUCAUUUCUGUAAACAGCCGGCGGACACCUUUCACAGCCAGUGGAGAAAAUGAGAUCCUGGACCUGGAGGGGGAUCUUUAUCUUGGUGGCCUUCCUGACAACCGUGCCGGGUUGGUGCUCCCCACCGAGCUGUGGACCGCUAUGCUGAACUACGGUUACGUGGGCUGCAUCAGGGAUCUUUUCAUUGACGGACGCAGCAAAGACAUCCGACAAAUCGCUGUGUCUCAAAACGCAACCAAUAUCAAGUCUUCCUGCAGUAAGGUGACGGGAAAACAGUGUGACAGUAACCCGUGCAAGAACAGCGGGGUCUGCAAGGAGGGAUGGAACCGUUUUAUCUGUGACUGUGCAGGGACAGGAUUCUGGGACAGUACCUGUGAAAGAGAGGCGUCCAUCCUGUCGUACGACGGCAGCAUGUACAUGAAGGUGGUGAUCCCGACUGUGGUGCACACAGAAGCCGAGGAUGUCUCACUUCGCUUCAUGUCCCAAAGGGCGUUCGGCCUGCUCAUGGCCGCCACAUCCCGAGAGUCAGCAGACACGCUGCGACUGGAGCUGGACAGCGGAAGGGUCAAACUGACGGUCAACUUAGACUGUGUCAGGAUAAACUGUAACACCAGCAAGGGUCCUGAGGUCCUGUACGCCGGACAAAAACUCAAUGACAACGACUGGCACUCAGUCCGUGUGGUCCGCCGUGGUAAAAACUUCAAACUCAUUGUGGAUGACGACAUGGCUGAAGGCCAAAUGGCAGGUGAUCACACCCGGUUGGAGUUCAACAAUGUGGAGACCGGAAUCCUGACGGAGAGGCGCUUUGUCUCCUCUGCACCUUCCUCGUUCAUAGGACACCUUCAGAGCCUCAAGUUCAAUGGCAUGCAAUACAUCGACAUGUGCAAGAACGGGGACAUUGACUUCUGCGAGCUCAACGCUCGUUUUGGCAUGCGCUUCAUCAUCGCUGACCCCGUGACCUUCAAGACCAAGGGCAGCUAUCUGGGCUUGGCCACCCUGCAGGCGUACACCACGAUGCACCUCUUCUUUCAGUUCAAAACCACCUCUCCCGACGGCUUCAUCCUCUUCAACAGCGGCGACGGGAGCGACUUUAUCGCCGUGGAACUGGUCAAAGGGUUCAUCCACUACGUGUUUGACCUUGGGAACGGACCGAGUCUUUUGAAGGGGAACAGCGACAACCCGCUGAACGAUAACCAGUGGCACAAUGUGGUGAUCACACGAGACGCUUCCAACACGCACACCCUCAAAGUGGACUCCAAGUCAGUCACCCAGAACGUCAACGGAGCAAAGAACCUUGAUUUGAAAGGUGAUCUCUUCAUCGGAGGUCUGGGCCCCAACAUGUACCACAACCUCCCGAAGCUGGUGGUUUCUCGUGAAGGCUUUCAGGGCUGUUUGGCCUCAGUUGACCUCAACGGUCGUCUGCCAGACCUCAUCAGCGAUGCCCUUUUCCGCAGUGGGCAGAUUGAACGGGGCUGCGAAGUUGGUUUCACCAAAGCCGAUCUGCAAGGCCCCAGCACCACUUGCCAGGAGGAUUCCUGUGCCAACAUGGGCGUGUGCAUCCAGCAGUGGGAGAACUUCACAUGCGACUGCUCGAUGACGUCUUAUUCAGGGACGCAUUGCAACGACCCUGGCACCACCUACAUUUUCGGUAAAGGAGGAGGUCUGAUCACCUACACGUGGCCCAAUAACGAAAGGCCCAGCACACGGACAGACAGAUUGGCAGUCGGCUUCAGCACGACCAUCAAAGACGGCAUCCUGGUUCGCAUCGACAGUGCCCCCCGCCUGGGCGACUACAUCAUGCUCCACAUUGAACAAGGGAAAAUCGGUGUGACCUUCAACAUCGGGACUGUGGACAUCAGCGUGAAGGAAUUGACUACAGCAGUAAACGAUGGCAAAUACCAUUUGGUUCGAUUCACCAGAAACGGGGGCAACGCCACCUUACAGGUUGACAACUGGCCAAUUAAUGAGCAUUUCCCCUCAGGCAACAGCGACAUUGAGCGCUAUCAAAUGGCAAAUAAGAAAAUCCCGUUCAAAUAUACCCGGCCAGUAGAAGAUUGGCUUCAGGAGAAAGGCCGCCAGCUGACUAUCUUCAACACCCAAGCCACUAUUUCCAUCGGUGGAAAUGACCGCAAGCGGCCUUACCAGGGCCAGCUCUCAGGCCUCUACUACAACGGCCUCAAGGUCCUCAACAUGGCCGCCGAAGGCCACGUCAACAUCAAAGUGAACGGCAGCGUACGACUAGUGGGGGACGUGCCGGCCAGUCGGGGUGCCGCACGCACCACCACGUCCGUCCCACCUGAGAUGUCCACCACUUUUAUCGAGACCACCACCACUCUGUCCACCACCACCACUCGGAAGCAGCGCUCACCACCCACCAUCCAGACCACAGAUGACAUUGUUUCAUCAGCCGAGUGCUCCAGCGACGACGAGGACCUGGAAGAGUGUGAUUCCGGACAUACAGGAGGGGAGCUAGUCAUCCCCAUUUUAGUGGAGGACCCCAUAGACAUCCCUUCUGUCUCCACCCGUUCUUCUUUCAUCCCCCUCCCCCCCACCCUUCACCCCCUCCUCACCAUUAUCGAGACCACCAAAGAAUCCUUGGCCAUGGCCACUGAGGCGGGGGUACCUUGCUUGUCGGACCGAGGCGGCGAUGAUUGUGAUGAUGGUGGUGAUGAUGAUGGUGAUGAUGAUGAUGGCAUGGUGAUUUCGGGGUUUGGCUCUGGGGAAGAGUUCGACUCUAGCCUGCCCCCGACUGACGAUGAAGAUUUUUACACCACCUUCUCCCUGGUAACAGAUAAGAUCUUGACCACCUCAACCUAUGAAGGCGGCUACAAAGCCCUCGCACCCAAGUGGGAGGCCAAGGACUUGAGGCCUAGCAAAGCCUCCGAGGCAGGUAGGACUACACCCACCUUGCCUCUGCCCAACCCCGGGGGCACGCCAGCAGCCGCGGCCCCCUCGGACACGCCUCCUAAGCUGCCCGCUGGGAAAAUGAACAACCGCGAGCUAAAACCCCCGCAGCCUGACAUAGUCCUGCUGCCGCUUCCCACGUCCAUCGAUCUGGACGGCACCAAACCGCGGGGUCCUUACAUCACUUCGCCCAUGCUGCGCACGGUACCCGCCGCCUUACCCACCGUUCCCGGCGUGGUGCGGCGAGUACCGCCAGGGGCCUCGGAAGUGAUCCGGGAGUCGAGCAGUACCACGGGCAUGGUGGUGGGCAUCGUUUCGGCCGCCGCCCUUUGCAUCCUCAUCCUCCUCUACGCCAUGUACAAGUACAGGAACAGGGACGAGGGGUCCUACCAGGUGGAUGAGACGCGCAACUACAUCAGCAACUCGGCGCAAACUAACGGCGCCGUAGUGAAGGAUAAAACGCCCGGCACGGGCCCCAAAGGCAGCGUCGCCAACAAGAGACCGAAAGACAAGGACAAGGAAUAUUAUGUAUAGAAAUCAUUUCCCAACAUGAAGAAUAAACAUUUUGACAGUACCAUAUUGGCAACUGUGACUUAAAAAAGUGAACUCGAGACUUUCUGAGUCCGUGGAACAUUUCCACAUGAAAAAAAAAAAAAAAAAAAACACUUACUAUUGUAAGCAUUCUGGAGAGACUGUGACUCCACAUGGACCUUUUCAAGGAGAUGACUGAAUCACAUCCACGACCCCAAGUGACUAUCCGAGGUAUGUUUGUGGGUGGGUGUGUGUAUGUGUGUGUGUGUGUGUGUGUGUGAUUCAUCGGAGUACUGAUGACCCUGGACCUUGUCCGUUGUAACCCUGUAAAAUACAAUCACUGUCAUUCGGGCCAUUCAAAGCUUGCAUGUGAGGUGUACGUGACGUGGUGCUGGCAUCUGUGUAGGGGAGGAACCUCAAGGAACAACGCUUGUUGCUUUCAGGACAUGUAGCUUUUUUCAGAUGUGGUUGGAAGUUGUAUACAUUUUUUUUGGCUUUUGAUUAGUUUAUUCAUUUAUAGGGAUGGGUACCGAACCUGGGUUGCAUACUGGCACUGGUGCCGACAUUGAGGGUAGUACAUUGAAAAAGUAAAAGUAGCUAUGGGUGCCUCAUUCCAGUGCUAAAUCAUGGCGGACUUAGCCUCCUGCAAAAAGUCCUUGAAGGUGAUAUUGUGCAAAUAGUCUUGUAAGUCCUGGCAAACGAACUCUGGGCUGGCGCCAGUUGGUGCCAGUUCGUGCCAGUUCGCACCAAUCACAUAAUCUUUGGCGCAAACUGGCGCCGGACCAGUGGACUCCUAGCAUCAUCGACGCAACUUGGCUCGUGCCAUUACAUUCCAGUUGAUUCCAAUAGGCGCAUUGUUUGCGACAUUUGGUUCCACUUGGUGGACACUUUGCGCUGAUUGCUUGAUACAAGUGACGCGACGAAGAUUUUAAACAUUUUGAAGUUUUCUUGCCGCCAAACUAAAUUUUUGCCGCCGUUACGGGCCACCACGAGCCAGUUGGGAGGCAGUUUGAGCCACUGCACGCCACUAGGCAAAGUGGCAUCAACUGGCGCCAGCCCAGUGGACUCUUAGCAUAACUGAGACAGUAUAAGACAAAAUUUUGUAAAAAAAAAAAAAGCGUGACAUCCUUGUAAGUCCUGGCAAACGAACUCUUAAACAUUUUGAAGUUUUCUUGCCGCCAAACUAAAUUUUUGCCGCCGUUACGGGCGAAAGUGUGAAUGGUUGUUUGUCUAUAUGUACCCUGUGAUUGGCUGGCCACCAGUCCAGGGUGUACCCCGCCUCUCGCCCCAAAGACAGCUGGGAUAGGCUCCAGCACCCCACCGCGACCCUCGUGAGGAUAAGCGGUAGAAAAUGAAUGAAUGAAUGAAUGAAUAAAUAAUACCAAAAUAUCGUUGAUUAAUUGGUCAAAUCAAUUAAUUGCCUCAUGGAUUAACUGGUGCUUAUUGCCCUAUUGCCAACCAUCAGCAGUGCUCAGUUCCAACAAUUUUCGAUUUCGACGUAGCGCUCCUCAGAACAGCAACACAACACUUCCUCAUUAUCAACCAGAGCAAGGUGCAUUCACUGACAGCGGGAUUCUGCAUGUUUUUUUUCUGUGUUGAUGCUGGUCUUGCUGUGAUAAUUAUGACAAUUUGUUGUGUAGUUUUUUUUUUUUAUAUUAGUGAACUGUAUUACUUUUAUUUACUUUACUUUUAAGUAUUUAAUUGAUUUUGGAUAUAACUUGUAUUUUCAGAAAUACCGCUUUGGCACCGGUUUCAGAUCAAAUGGAAACGAUACCCAUCCCUAUUCAUUUAUUAAGCAAUUAUUUUUUUUGUUUUUUUUUUUUAACAAAAAAACACAGCACACAACACUGUGAUCACCCGGUAGGAGGUAACAUGGUUCGCUCCUUCUUGUCUGACCUUAAAUUGGAUGAUUGUGAUCGGAAGGAUUUCUUCUAAUUUAUCAGAAUUUAAAUAUGAUAAAGCAUUUCCUCUUUAUUAGCAGAAAUUAUCUUAAAGAUGUAUAUCGCUGAUGGAUUUGGGAGUUUUUUUAUAUUUUAUUUGGAUAUAUUUUUUGCAGGAAUUGAAGGUUUUUGUUGUUUUUUUUCCCCUCGAUUUGGGACUUUCUGGAGAUAAACCACAUGUUGGAUUCCACACCGCAAACCAGAAAACUAGUUCAGUUUUUUGGGGUUUUUUUUCAGAAUUUAAGAUUUUUAAAAAAGUAAACUAAAGAUGGAUUAUGAUGAUUUUAUUAUGAUGUAUUGCCAGCACCUUACUUGACUUUGGGUUUCAUUCCUUCCUUGGUUUUUAAUUGUGACAUUGUUUCGUUAAUUGGCUCAGCAUUUUUUUUCUGUUACUGUUGUAGCCGAAAUUACAUGUAUGAUUUUUAUGAUUUUUUUUUUUAUCCAUUUAUUACCAUAUCAUGAUUUAUUGCUGACGUUAUCUGUUCGGUCAAUGUUCACUUUGCUUUUUUGUGUUGGUACUUGACUCGUCUUAUGCUCCUUUUUGACUCCGAAUCCUGAAAUUAAAAAAAAAAAAAUGUUGUUCCCAAACUUUUUCUGUUUGUGUGUGGUUUUGACUGCGCUCAUUUGUGUGAGGAGAUGGAGAUGCACUGAUACCCGUCUCUGCUAUAGCGACAAUUCACCAAAACACAAUUUCUCAUCGCCUCUCCAACACUUCAAUGAUUUCCUUUUUGACCGAAUAGCAACUGCAUUUCCAUACAAAUGAAAUGCGUCGCUGAGUAGCUAUCAUUUACCUAUGGAUGAUUAUGUAAAUAUAUACACUGUUCAUCCAUGCAAGAAGGGAAAAAGACAAUGUUUACUGGAGCAACAUUCUCAGUGCGUACCACCAGGUUAUAUACACUUUUUUUUUUAAAUAAUUUCUUUACAUGGUCUGUAUUUUAGUACAAAUGGGUCUUCACGGACUCGGUCAUUAACUUGCAAAUAACCCAUUGAUACGGGAUAUCAGAGUAGCACGUGUGAGUCUAUUCAGCUCACACUAUGACUUCAUAUUAGCCGAUUCAUCCUGCUGCAGGCAAUCGGAGCAAGGAGGUCAGCAAGGAUUUCUUGCUCAUUAUCCUCUAUGAAUUUUUUAUCAUUUUAUUAGAAGGCUCCAGAAAUUUAAACUUUAAUACCAAAUAUGUGGAGUCGACCUGAUUUUUUUUUUUUUUUUUUUUUGGUAAUGUCCCCCCAGGAUAUAACGGAAAUACAGUAGCUCCUCGCUUUCCAUGGGGGCAUACAUUCCAAUACACUAGUGAUUGAUGAAAAUAAGUAUUUCGAUUUUGGCUCAACAGCUGGGAUAGACUCCAGCAUAAAAAAUAGAUUGAUAGAUAGAUGGAUUGAAUUUCUGUAGUGUUUUUACAGUAUUUUUGGGGGGAAAAAUCAUUAAAACAAAUACAUUUUAUCUUCUUAAGAAUCUCUGGUGUAACUAUGGUGCGUUCAACAACCAAGGACAAAGUGCAAAAUCUGAACACUUGGUGAAAAAAACAUCAAGGUGAGACAUAAACAUGUAAAAGUGCAUUUUAUCUGUAUUAUCAAAAUGUAUCAAUUAUUACUGACUUACUGAGGGUGUUAUCUAUGGAACAAAUAUCCUGUUUCCAUAGAAAAAAAUAUACUUGUUUUUACUAAAAAUCCACAAAUUUGCAUACAUUGCAUACAUUCCAACAACACCAGUGAAUUACGAAAAUAAGUUAUUCAAUUUUGGCUCAACAUUUACAAUGUCAGUAAUUGCCUUUCAGC